GAGCGGUCAGGUGUAUAAAUCCAAGAGCUGUGUCUGCUGAGCAACAUCAACACCUGAAACCACCUUUCUGAACACAAGAUUACUGCAGCCAGGCAAGCAGAAAACUAAUCAUGGUGAAAGGAUUGAUGUCAGUGCUUUUGAUCCUGGUGGCUGUCUCCUCUAGCUUUGGAAACCCUGAAAAAAAUGGUUCUGCCAAAAAAGAGAAGAAAUCUCCACAGACUCUGUCCAGAGGGUGGGGUGAUCAACUUACUUGGACUCAAACCUAUGAAGAAGCUUUAUUCAGAGCCAGAUCAAGCAACAAACCUGUCAUGGUUAUCCAUCACUUGGAAGACUGCCCACACAGUCAAGCUCUGAAGCAAGUAUUCUCCAGCAGCAAAAAAAUUCAGAAGAUGGCUGAUGAAGACUUUAUUGUCCUGAACCUUGUGUAUGAAACAACAGACAAGCAUUUGUCCCCCGAUGGCCAGUAUGUACCCAGAAUCAUUUUUGUAGAUCCCUCUCUGACUGUCAGGGCUGACAUCACUGGAAGAUAUGCAAACCGUCUCUACACCUAUGAACCAGCAGACAUCAACCUCUUGAUUAGUAACAUGGAGAAAGCCAAGAGGCUGUUGAAGACCGAAUUAUAAGUACCGGAGGAAGCUGUUUAACUUCUAAGAGGUCCCACAAUUUCCUCUGCCACCAAUUCUGUCUACCAGGCACCCAGUCUGGACUGCUUACUGAACUAUAAGCACUGGUGUAUUACAUAUGUAUUAAUUUUCACAUAAAUGGUUACUGCUUGAUGAGGUUAAUUAUCGAUAGUCUUUGAAAUAAGAACUGUAGCAAUUAAGUUGUUCAUCUUUUUAAUAAA